AUGGCGGAUUCAAGUUCUUCUCUCCUUCCUCUUUGCGAAAAGAUCUCACACAAAAGCUAUGUUUUGAGAACUUUGGAUCUCACGAUUCUCGGCCUUCUCUUUUCUCUUCUCUCAUAUAGAAUCUUACAUAUGAGCCAAUACGACAAUGCUUGGCUUGUGGCUUUCCUCUGUGAAUCUAUUUUCUUAUUCAUAUGGCUGAUUAUUAUCUGCGUAAAAUGGAGUCCUGCUGAAGAUAAACCCUAUCCAAAUAGACUUACUGAAAGGGUUCAUGAUCAUGAUCUUCCUUUAGUAGAUAUGUUCGUUCCCACCGCAGAUCCGGUUAGGGAGCCGCCAAUUAUUGUUGUGAACACUGUGCUUUCGCUGUUAGCUCUGGACUAUCCAGCAAAUAAACUAGCAUGCUAUGUCUCGGACGAUGGAUGCUCACCUCUCACUUUCUUCUCUCUAAGGGAAGCUUCUAAGUUCGCCAAGAUUUGGGUUCCCUUCUGCAAGAAAUAUAACGUUAGAGUUAGAGCUCCUUUUAGAUAUUUCUUGAACCCUUUGGAUGUAACAGAUGAUUCAGUAUUCAUUAAAGACUGGGAAAUGACGAAGAGAGAGUACGAGAAGUUAUGCCGGAAAGUUGAAGAUGCUACUGGAGAUUCCCACUGGUUGAAUGAUGCAAAUGAUGAUUUUGAAGCUUUCUCAAACGCAAAACCAAAUGAUCAUUCAACAAUAGUUAAGGUGGUAUGGGAGAACAAGGCAGGUGUGGGAGACGAGAAAGAAGUCCCUCAUCUUGUAUACGUUUCAAGAGAGAAAAGACCAAAUUGUCUUCAUCAUUACAAAACUGGAGCCAUGAACUAUCUGUUGAGAGUGUCAGGGUUGAUGACGAAUGCACCAUACAUGUUGAACGUAGACUGUGACAUGUAUGCCAAUGAAGCAGAUGUGGUUCGACAAGCAAUGUGUGUGUUUUUACAAGACUCAAAGCAAUCAAACCAUUGUGCUUUUGUUCAAUUCCCUCAAGAGUUCUAUAAUGCUUACACCAUCGAACUCUCAUUCCUACAAUCA